UGCAGUACACUGUGACCGUGCUCGUGAGCAGAAGACAGCCAACGGAUCCGUUACAGUGACAGCGAUAAUUAAACAUAGGGUAAUCCAUACCGCGGUUUAUUUCUGUGAGGUUAUGGGCAGGGUUUCGCUCUGACUGUGUCCUGGCUGUGCUACUCGUCAUUUAGAACACGGAAAUAAUGAUGAAGAAGGAUAUUAAUUUAAACAUGGCUGAAGAGUCGGACCUCAAACCGCAUCUCCGUGACGCCGAGGGCAUCCUCAGCUCCCCUGAACUGGGACUACUCAAACUGGCCUCCCCGGAGCUGGAGAGACUAAUCAUCCAGUCCAACGGAAUGGUCACCACGACACCCACCAGCUCUCAGUUCCUCUACCCAAAGACGGUGACGGACGAGCAGGAGUUCGCCGAGGGCUUCGUGAAGGCGCUGGAGGACCUUCACAAGCAGAACCAGCUGAGCGGAGCCGGACAGACAAACGGAAGCCUGGAUCUGGGGGCUAACAUCGCGCCGAGCUCUGUACAGCCGGAUCUACCGGUUUAUACGAACUUGAACAGUUACGGCAGUGGGCCUCUGGAAACCACCGUCAACUACUCCACAGAUACAGUUCCCUUCCCUCCACCUCCUCCUCCUCCAACAUCGCAUCAUCUGGGGGCAGCCCCGCCGCAGCCAGAUAUCUCUCGGGUCCAGCCGCCGAAGGAGGAGCCUCAGACGGUCCCUGACGUUCAGAGUUUCGGGGAAAGCCCGCCGCUGUCUCCCAUCGAUAUUGACUCACAGGAGCGCAUGAAAGCCGAGAGGAAGCGGCUAAGGAACCGGAUUGCAGCCUCCAAGUGUCGGAUGCGCAAACUGGAGCGAAUCUCCAGGCUGGAGGACAAGGUCAAAACGCUGAAAAGCCAAAACACCGAUCUGGCCUCGACUGCGAGCCAGCUCAGGGAGCAAGUGGCUCAACUGAAGGAGAAAGUCCUGACCCACGUCAACAGCGGCUGCCAGCUGCUGCCACACGAAGUUCAAGUGCACUGAGAGAAUCAGAAAUUAUGAACUGACCAGCGUAUAAGCUUCGUGGACUUCUGUUUAUGUGGUUUUUAUGUAGCUUAAGUUAGCCCAGAUGUGUGCCGUCCACAGUGGGAUGAAUGACACGUAGACCAAAUCCUUUACCAACAAUUGACUCUUGGAAGAGAUGUGAGCAUCCGCAAAAUACAGCCAUACCUGGUAGAAUAAGAUCGAAUAGAUGAGAGGAUUAAACUCCCCUUCUAAAAUCGGCGAAGAAAUGAAUUGGAUUUGUGACAUUUAAUAUGUAAAAAAGUAUUUGUAAAGUAAUUGUCAGCAUCCAUAUUGCUUCACAGUCGCCCCACCCGUCUGUGGGAACAAUCAAUAUAUAUCAUCCAAUUUUAACCCGGUUAGCUGAUUGAUUUAAUGCCGAAAUUAAGAUUAACUGGUUCUGAUGUGUAUCAUGUUGGAAAUCCCAUUCUACCACGUAUGUGCUGAUGUGUGAACAAAAAAGUGUUAUUUGGAUGUUCUUUAAAUGUGAUCUGGCUCUCAGUUAUCCUUGAGGUGAGAUAGGGAAGUACCUUUUGGGGCUUAUAUGCUUAACAUAUCUAGAUUUUUUUUCUUGUAAAAAUGUUUACAGACUGGCUGUGUCUAUUUACAGUCUCAUGGACCAAACGAAUUUACAUUUCUACACAAAUAUGCACAUUUAUGACACAGAUAUCCUCGCAAUAUGAGGAUUUGUGCUGUACAAACAAUGCCACCCACAUUUGAUAUGUAAGAAAUCUCUAAACAAGUAUUUACAAUAGGGAUCAAUUUGCAUGUUGUUGACAUACUCGAAUGUUGCCCACUGCUGGGUGUCAAAGGGUGCAUUUAAUCAGUGUUUAUUAUUUAAAAAUAUUUACUAAACACAUAUAUUUAUGUAUUUUUUACUCUACUGUGUCCCUAUGUCAGUGAGUUCUUGUUUUUCGUGAGAAGAGUCGUAACCUUUCGUUGCACUGACUGUUGCUGUCUCCUCUGGCCUACAGUUGUUUGGCUGUACGCUGCUGUGUUCUGAAUUUAAUGCUGCUCGGCAAUAAACACUGU